AUGCUGUCCAGCCCGUCUAAUAACGGCGGGGUGAGGAUGCUGGUGCCCCCGGCGGGCUCAGACGACAGACGGGUUGAAUUCGUGGCGCUGGCCGCUGUGCGCACGGAGCCUCCCAGUCCAGAGCGCGCACAACCCUCUCAGCGCACGGGGCUGCUGGGUACCCCGCUGUCCGCACCAUCCGGGCGACGCACCGCCACCUCCGCCUCCAACAAGCGCUACCGCAAAAUACAAAACUUCCUCUACAACGUGCUGGAGAGACCGAGAGGAUGCGCGUUCAUCUACCACGCGUUCAUUUUUUUGCUGGUGUUCAGCUGUCUGGUGCUUUCUGUCUUCUCCACCAUUCCCACCCAUCAGGAAACUGCCAACCAGGGGCUAUUCAUCCUGGAAUUUGUCAUGAUUGUGGUGUUCGGGCUGGAGUACAUUGUAAGGGUGUGGGCAGCUGGUUGCUGCUGCCGUUACAGAGGAUGGCAGGGUCGGCUACGUUUUGCCAGGAAACCUUUCUGCGUUAUAGACUUCAUUGUGUUUGUGGCAUCGUUGGCUGUGAUAGCAGCAGGCACACAGGGAAACAUCUUUGCAACAUCGGCUUUGCGUAGCAUGCGCUUCCUGCAGAUUCUGAGAAUGGUGCGUAUGGACAGACGAGGAGGCACCUGGAAACUGCUGGGCUCUGUGGUGUAUGCUCACAGCAAGGAACUUGUCACUGCCUGGUAUAUUGGCUUUCUGGUAUUGAUUUUUGCAUCAUUUUUAGUCUACUUGGCUGAAAAGGACAUCAACAAAGAGUUUUCCACCUAUGCAGACUCCCUCUGGUGGGGAACUAUAACCCUCACCACGAUUGGUUAUGGUGACAAGACUCCACACACAUGGCUCGGGCGGCUCCUAGCUGCUGGCUUUGCUCUGUUGGGGGUGUCUUUUUUUGCCCUUCCUGCAGGAAUUCUUGGUUCAGGUUUUGCUCUGAAAGUACAGGAGCAACACAGACAGAAACACUUUGAGAAGAGGAGGACACCUGCAGCCACGCUAAUACAGGCUGCAUGGCGUCUCUAUUCUACAGAUUCAAGGCAUUCAUACCUCACAGCUACCUGGUACUUCUAUGACAGUAUGCUUCCAUCCUUCAGGGAAUUGACAUUACUGUUCAGUCACCUCCAACGGCAGCGUAACACCAAGAAGGUUCUUCACAACUACCACACCCUGCUGUCAGGGCUACGACCAUACAGUUCCCUCUAUGUGUCGGGGGACAGUCAGCUCAUAUCUAAAAAGCGGGGUUUCUUCCGGAAUCAUGGUGGCAACAAGCAGAGUGGGAAGAUUGGAUUUCGUGAUCGCAUUAGGAUGAACAAUUCCCGCUCCACUCAGGCAAUCCGGAGCAAGACAUCGUCCCCUGUGCCCACGGGGAGUGUACGCCAGUCACCAAGCACUGAGCAUGUUCCUGAAACCACCAGUCCCAGUAAAGUGCAGAAGAGCUGGAGUUUUAAUGACCGAACCCGAUUCCGCACUUCACUACGUCUGAAGGCACGUCCUGCUGCAGAUGUGGAGGGCGUUGGUGAAGAGAACACAGAGGAUAAGUCAUACUGUGAUGUUGCUGUAGAGGAUGUUAUACCAGCGGUGAAGACCCUGAUCCGAGCAGUUAGGAUACUCAAAUUUCUGGUGGCUAAACGUAAGUUCAAAGAAACAUUACGUCCAUAUGAUGUAAAGGAUGUAAUUGAGCAGUAUUCAGCUGGACACCUUGACAUGUUGGGAAGAAUCAAGAGCCUGCAAACAAGGGUCGAUCAGAUUAUGGGCCGUGGUGCUCUUCAAUCUGAUAAGAGGCCAAGGACUGAGAAAGUUGAAAAGGUCCCUCCAGAACUGGAUCCACUGGAUGAGCUGAGCAUGAUGGGCCGUGUGGUUAAGGUGGAAAAGCAGGUGCAGUCUAUUGAGAACAAGCUGGACCUGCUGCUUAACUUCUAUUCUCAGUGCCUAAAAAAGGGCUCGUCCCACUUCACACUGUCCUCCUUGCUGGAGCCUGACCUUACCUCUGACUACCACAGCCCCACUGACCAGCGGGAUCUCUUUCCUUCUGCCAACACACUCAACAUCUCUAAUUCAGAAAGCGGCAACAUGGAGUGA